GUCGUGUCAUUCGAACACAAUACAUAUCAAACACUUAACUAACAAAUUCAGAAAAAAUUGCUAUAGAUAAUAGUGUUGGUGCAGCAUACAUCCGACCGUAAAUAUUAUCAGAAAAUAUCUAGGGAUACACGUUUUAUCAGAAACUGUCGAGCUUUCAAACACACGUCUGCUUCGCAGUACAUGGUCCAUUUGAACGGCGGAAUGUCGUAAUUAAGCGAGGCCUAGGCAUCAAGUUCAUCWUUCAAGGGUUCCACUAUAAGGAACCUGAAUGCGCAAGUUCUUUUUACUGGCUCUUUAUGGAGAGACACAGCAGAUUUACGUGCGACUUCACAGGCACGUGUCACAAGUGUCAUUGUACGAUUAGAGGAUGUGAAUCMGCAUGUCAAGCACUGGGUAGAAUAUACCAUGCACGAUGCUUUUACUGCUGUAUUUGUGGGAAAGAAUUGAAAGGUCAACAGUUUUAUCAAGUACAAAAUAAGAUUUACUGCAAGCACGAUUUCAAGGAAAUUGAAGUAAAUCGACCUUGUAAGACUUGUUAUGUCUGCGGCAAAGUCAUAGGCGACAAGAUAUUAGAAACACUAGGACGCAACUACCAUCCCAAGUGUUUUUACUGUUGUGAGUGUUUCGUUGUCCUUGAGGGAGUUCCAUUUACCAUCGAUGAAAAUAACAAUGUAUUCUGUUUACCAGAUUAUCACAGGAAGUAUUCCCCAAGAUGCGAUAGAUGUAGUGACCCUAUCAUUCCACAACAGCAAUCUGAUGAAAUAAUUCGUGUUGUGUGCAAUAACAAACAGUAUCAUACUGGAUGUUUUAAAUGYGAGGAUUGUGGUAUUCAAUUGUCAAAUGAGCAAGGAAGACAGUGCUUUCCCAUCAAUAAUAGACUAUACUGCCUUAAAUGUCACCAACAAAGAAUCACAUCAACAAAUCCAAAGCUUGCUAUAACACAUAGAACAGCUCCUUCCAAAAAUAACAAGAAAAUACAUAAUUUGAAAAAUGCUCCUACAAAUGACAGUUUUUCAGAUGUUUAAAGAAAACUAUUUUAGUAUAUAAAGAAAAUUUAAUAUAAAAACUAAAGUAUGUACUCAAAAUGCCUGAAAUAAUAUCAAAUAUUAUCAAUAUUUUGAAUGUAAUUUCAAGAGGAGUAGAACAUACAAUUUCUAUACAUGGGAGAUUUAUUUUUGUGUGAGUUCAAAUGGUAAGUACAAACUUGAUCCUAAUUCUAUUUGAAAAUUAAUAGGAGCGAUUUUAGCAAGCAUACAUUUCAAAGGAAAGCCAAACUUUUAGCGUGUUAUCUCAUUAAAUAAGAAAACAAGAUUUCA